AUGGCUCCUCUUGGCGAUUUCUACGAGAUUCUCAGCCUGCCAUUUAUGGCAUCUUCAACCGGGACGGUCCUCUCCAAGCAGCAAAUCAAGCUUGCAUACCACAAAGCCCUGCUAAAACACCACCCGGAUAAAGCGGGCGCUGUCGCGAAAGAUGCAGGUCUAAGCGGUUCGACUACAUCUCCCUCGACGUCUACGUCUAACCCUCUCUUUCGUUCGACCGAUUCCCCGCGACAGCCGUAUACCAUUGACCAGAUCACCACCGCUUACAAAACACUAUCUGACCCCCUCCUCCGUGCCGAAUACGACCGCUCCCUUCGUCUGGAUAGGGUAAAGGUUGCAGAGAAGUCUGGCGAUGUUUUCCAUACUGGUCUAGAAGUUGUGGAUUUGGAGGAUCUUGCCUGCGACGAGGGCGAGGAUGGGGACUGCUGGUAUCGCGGUUGUCGGUGUGGUGAUGAACGGGGGUUCUUGGUUAGUGAAGAAGAUUUGGAGAGGGAGUCUGAGCAUGGGGAGAUUGUUAUUGGGUGUCGCGGAUGCAGUCUCUGGUUGAAGAUUCUUUUUGCUGUUGAAGAGUGA